UGCUCAGGAACUUCCUGCUGUCACUCGAUCUCUGGCUCAGCUAUCCAAGCUGAGUCUGAGGGAGCUUCAGAAUCUGGAGUGGGGAGACGGUAGGGAAGCCACCCCUCCUGACCUCCAAUCCUACCCUUUGCUCUUCUCCAUGGUGAGAUUCUUCAUCAUCAUCUGUUUGGUGUGGCCGGUGAGCUCGGACACAGAUGAAGAAUGUCACACCUUCACCACACUCAGCUUGCACAGCGCAAUCGUGGGCACGGGCCUCAAAGUGAGACUGCUGCUGUAUACAGACAACUUCACCUGUGCCAAGAUCCUUGAGGAUCCCUUUCCUAGGAGCUUCAACACGACCAAGAAAACCACUUUCAUCAUCCACGGCUACAGACCGACGGGCUCCCAACCAGUCUGGCUGUCCGACCUGGUCGAGGGCCUGAUCCGUGUCGAAGACAUGAACGUCGUUGUGGUCGACUGGAAUCGAGGAGCCACAAAUCUGGUAUACAGCACCGCCUCCAGUCACACCAGGCGGGUGGCCGAAAUCUUAAAGGAAACGAUCGACCAGAUGCUGGCCAGUGGAGCAUCUCUUGACAACGUUUACAUGAUUGGAGUCAGCCUGGGGGCCCAUAUAGCUGGAUUUGUUGGACAGAUGUAUGAUGGGAAACUUGGAAGAAUUACAGGUCUGGAUCCUGCAGGACCCCUCUUCAGUGGGAAACCCCCAAAUGAGCGGCUGGAUUACACAGAUGCCCAGUUUGUUGAUGUCAUUCAUUCUGAUACCGACCUCCUGGGCUUCAAAGAAUCAUUAGGACAUAUUGAUUUCUACCCAAAUGGAGGCCUGGAUCAACCUGGUUGUCCCCAGACAAUAUUUGGUGGAUUGCAGUAUUUCAAAUGUGACCACCAGAGGUCUGUUUUCCUGUACCUAUCAUCUCUGAAAAAUGACUGUGACAUCAUUGCUUACCCUUGUGAGUCCUACCGAGAUUACCUGAAUGGCAAAUGCAUCAGCUGUGGAGAUGACCAAUCAAUGCCGUGUCCAGUCCUGGGUUACCAAGCUGAUCAAUGGAAAAACUACUCAAUGCUACAGGACCCUCCUGUGACAAAAGCAUUUUUUGAUACAGCUUCCGAAAAGCCAUUCUGCAUAUAUCACUACUUCGUGGAUAUCAUGACUUGGAACAAGAACGUACGAAGAGGUUACAUUACGAUUAAGCUAACAGAUCAGGCUGGAAAUACAACAGAGUCCAAGAUCAGUCACGAACCUGCCAUAUUUCAGAAGUUUCAGCAAGUGAGCCUCCUUGCCAGGUUUCCUCAGGACAUUGACCACGUGAAGGGCAUCUCCAUGGUUUUCUCGACUCGGCCUGUGUUGUGGUCCAAGUACAAACUCAGGAUCAUCUGGAUAAAGCUGAGACCAAUCACACGUUCUGAGAAGCCACAGAUGUGCAGAUAUGAUCUUGUCCUGUUGGAAAACAAAGAAACAGCCUUUCAGCCCAUCCUUUGCUAGAUGCUCAAACCGGGCAGCAGCUCACAAAAGUUGUUGUUUUGCUGUUAAGGCAGUGAACAGACCAGAUGCAUACACAUCUUUAUGGGUGUCUUAAGCUGUCUCACAAAAUGCCACGCAGUUUUAGGACCAUAAAAUAAUUAUGGAGAGUGAACAAGGAUCAGGGGAGUUUUUCAGGGAGGUGACAGUAUUUGUUGGGGGCUGGCACCUUUAGCUUCCCGUGCUCAGUCCCACUGGAUCCAGGGACCAUCCAGGACAUUUUUUCCAGUGGUUUAAGUGGUUUAAGCCCGGAGUCAGCAUGAGGCCCAACUUUGAUCUCACUUGCCUGCGGCUUUCACUAUGGGUCUUUAGCCUAUCUCUUCCUCAAUUUCUGUCUAUGCUGAUAUGUUGAUCUACCUCUCAGGGAUUCUGGGAAGGAGAAGGACUUGAGUCUAUGAAGGGAUUUGAGAUAUGAAGCUAAAAUGCCUUUUCGUGUAUGUUGUAUAUGUAAUGUGUGAAUGUCUUAUUUAUUCUAAAUGGUCCAACAAAGUGUAAGCUUUUGGAGGGCAAGGACUUUUGUUUUUGCAUCUCCAAUGGCUAGUUCAGUGCUUGGCACAAAUUAGGUGCCUAAUAAAUACCUGUAGAAUGAAUGAAUGUGUUCUAAUUAUCUUCCUUCCCCAGAUUCCCAUUCCAACCCAAUCCGACAAUGCUGCAUUUAAAGAGAGAACAGUACUCUGGGCUUGCUCUCUUCCAUGUUGGGGAGGAGUACGGAUCAGAGAGAGUCUCUGGGGCUCUACUGCAGUGGAUGACAGAGGAAGGGUUAACAGAGGGCCUGGAGCAGCAGGAGGCAGAGGGAAGGAGUAGAAGUAGCCAGCCCCUUCUCCCUCUGGCUUUCUCCCCGGCCCCUGAAGAGCUGAGAGACAGCUGCAAGAGCAGAGAGGACCUCUGUGGCAGCAGCGGGGUUCACCUUGCCAGGGCUCUGACCACUAACCCUGCACCGAUGGGAUG